UUCAAUAUUUGAAAAGUUACAUUUUAUAUUUAUCAUAGUUCAGAAUGUUCAUAAUGUUCAUAUCCAUAUUCCAUAGACAUAUUAAUAUAUAUCUAUGUUCAUAUCCCUUAGGCCUUAGACCUUUAAGCUUAUUCUCCACUGAUACUAGAAUAUAAUAGUCCAUAAAUAUUAGUGUCUGUAAGGAUUACUUUGGUGCUUUGGUCAUUAAUACAAUUAAUGUUUUUUUAUUUACAUUUAUUGGUCUGUUGUUGUAUUCAAAAUAUUUAUUUGGAAGUUGGAACAUUUAAAGUGGUAUAUUAAAUUUACUACACUACUUCCUAAUUAAUUUAUCAUGCAAUUUUCGAGUGUUAAUGAUCAGCCAGAAACAAUUAAGACCUUUGAAGAAGAUAUGAAAUAUGUUAAUUCAAAACUAAAAAUGAUUGACACUAAACUAUCAUCUAUUCAUUCAACUAACAAUGAAUAUGUUAGUAAACUUAAAGAUACAUCUAAUAUAAGUUGUCUAAAUCAUUUAAAAGAUCAAGAAGCUGAAAAGAAAAUUGAAAACCCUCCAAACUCUACGGCCAAAACUUCAUACAGCGACACAAGCCAAAACACAAAUUUACCAGGCACAAUAUCUGAAGUUACUACAGUGUCUGAUCACAACGAUACAUUUUCAAAACUCAAGGGAUACCAAUUUAAUACGAAUAAUGUAGUUAAGAUGAACAAUGAAAUCAUAAAAAACGACUUUGUGAAUGCGUCUAUUUUGAUCAAUAAUGCAAAAAAAAAGGCCAAAGAAACUGAUUUGUAUUUAAAAAAACUACAUGAAAAAAUAUUGCCAAGAUGCCAGUCUGCAGAUAUCACAAGUGACAUAGUUAAAAGAAAUAUAAAUGCAGACAUUCCAUCAAAAAUCACACGGCGAAUUCAACCCGACCUUAAAGAAAAAUUAGGAAAGAAUAUCCAUGCAAACAAUGAAAAUUCAAAAAUUACUUCGAAACCUAGGCCAUCAACCCAAGAAAAACGUGUUCAUUUUAACAAUUCUUCGGUAGAUUUUGGUAGAACGGACAUUCCUGAUAAAUUGAACGACACUUCGAAAUUAAUUCAACUGUCAUCAAAAGAUAACUGCCGAAACGUUAGCAUAACGAACGUGAAUUUUGAGGAUAAUAUUCCCGAUGGAAGAUAUACUGAUGAUUCUAAAGUAAAUAAAUUAACGGUACAGCGAAUUCCUUGUGUUAAUUUAAAACCUGAUCUAGUCACUCAAAAAUUAGCUAACAUUCAAAUAAAACCAGAUAAUAAAAAGCUCUUACGGAAUUAUAAGCCUAAUGUGGCCUACCAAGAGUUCGCUUUUGGAUUAGAACCGGUAACGUGCAAUUGCCAUUCAGUGGUUCAGCCAAAAAUAUCUAAUGAUAAAAUGGUUGCUCGUCAUGAAAUACGCAAAAUUAUAUGUGAAAUGUUAGAUAACACGUCGUCAAACUAUCCUCUAAACGAUCAAAUAAUUCUUCAAUUACAGAAAAUAAUAACCAAAUURGAAGAUACAAAAUCCUCAGAUUAUAACGAAUCAAGUGAAGUAGAAGAUCUUAUUGAAGAACACAGUAUGGUUGGUUUUAAUGAAGAAGUAAUAAAAAAAAGACUGUUGGAAAUAGCUGACAAUUUAGUCGAGAACGAAAAUGAUGGAAUUUCAUUUGAUCAAAUUUCCCUAGAAAUUGAUAACAAUUCUCGUAAAGUGUUAAAACGACUCACAAAAAUUAAGAAAUCUAUCAUGGGAUUAAAUCCAUUGCUAGAAUUUCCAAAUUUAUCUGCAGAUAAACUUGAUGAUGCUCCAAAAUAUGUUAAUGAAAAUUUUACAGAUCAUCCUCCUAGCAAUAAUUUAUUCUCAAAAAAUCUUCAAGAAAUACCAUCAACACAAUAUUUCAGCGUAAAAGACUUUUUGCGCCAUGGUUGUAAUUUCACAAAUUUGAAAAUGUUUAAAAAUGCAUCAGUUAUAAAGGAAUGUGAUUCUCAAAUUACAUUAUGCUCCAACGACAACAUAAAUAAAAGUCAAAAUAUAUUUAACUCUCAAAAUGCAUUGAACAAUCAGAACAAUAUAUCUGAACAAAAAAAGCAUCAACUAAAAUUUCAAGAUCGGAGUACAUUAUUUGAAGAUUCUGUAUCAUCUCAACCUCAAUCAAGCCAUUCAAGUAUAAUAUUAAAACAUCAACUGAAGCCAUCUGAUGAAGAAAUUAAAAAUAAUGAUAAAAAUGAUGAUUAUACAACUUUAACUAAUGGAUAUGAUUGCAAAAAAAAUGAAAAUAGUUUGAAGAUAAAUUCAGGAAUAAAUACAGUUUGUAAAACUAAUAAUGAAAUUAUAUUAACAAAAAGCAAUCAACUGACCAAAUUUGAGAAGGAUAAAAACACAAAGAUGUUAGAGACAAAUACAAUUAAUGAACAUUUGCCAAUCAACGAUACCAGUAAAGAUUAUGGUGAUCUUAAAUCAAACAUACAAGAGCAGGAAUUAAGUCCUUUAUCAUUAUUGACAUCCUAUAAUUAUCAAAAAACAGAUAAAGUUGAAAUUUUAGAUAAAAGCUCAGAAAGUUCUGUGACAGCUACUUCUUCAAUGAUUUCAUUGAAACAGUCUACUCAAGAAGUUGAAAGUGAAGCUGAAAGUUUAACUAGUCUUGGAGAAGUUAACUAUUUUUCUAAAUGAUCCACAAUACACUUGCCUGUAAGAGAAGUUGAACAUUAAUAAAUAUUUUAAGCUGUUCUAAA